AAAUAAAAAGAAGACGAGGCCAAAGCGGCACGCACCACCAUGCCACAGCACAGCAGCACGCUGCAGCGCUUCAUCUCCGCCCUCAGCUCCGUCUACGGGCCCCUCGACGACCUCACCGCCGCCGACGCCCCGACAUGGAACCCCCCGACAGACCCCGGCGCGGGCGGGCACCGCGGACGGUACCUCUGGACCGACGCCUUCGGCCUCAUCGACCUCCUAAAGCUCCAUCGGGAGACGUCAUCGCCGUUGUACCUGGCGCUCGCGCGGCGUCUCGCCGACGUGGUGCACGAUACGCUCGGCCGCGAGCGCGAGUGCGAGCGCCGCCCACACGACAAUGACGGCGACGGCAAUGGUGGUGAAGGUGAUGGUGGUGGUGUCCCGGCGCGCCUCCCCGGCGCGACCGACGCGGAGCCCCUGCGCGGCGGCCUGCGCAUCGGCAAGCUCGACGCCCACGGCCCCGACGCCGACGGGCAGUACCACCACUACCUCACGCUGUGGAUGUUUGCGCUCAACCGCCUCUCCCUGGCGUCGGGGGAGGCGCGGUGGAACGACCUGGCGGUGCAGCUGGCGCGGGCGGUGCACCCGCGCUUCGUGCUGUGCGUACCAUCGCCAUCACCGUUAGAAGGGGAGGGGGAGGGGGAGGGGGAAAGGCGUCAUCACCUCAAGAUGGUCUGGAAAAUCUCCACCGACAUGCGCCGCGUGCUCGUCCCCUCCGAGGGCCACCUCGACGCCGCGACGGGCCUCGUCGUCUACUCCCUGCUGCAGCGGACCGCCGUCACCGCCGGCGCCGGCGACGGGGACGGAGAGGAGGAGGCGCUGCCGCUCGCGCGCGAGAUCGCCGAGUACGCGCGCCUGAUGACCAGACGGCCGGAGGACCUGACGCCGCGUGGGGACCCGUUGGAUUUGGGCAUGGGCCUGUGGGUGUGCCAGUUUGGCGGCGGUGCGGUCGCCGUGGGCGAUCAAGGAGGUGGUGUUGGUGACGACCUCGGCGAUGACGGUAGUGGUGGUGGUGUUGCUGGCAGUGGCAGUGGUAGUAGUAGUGCUUGGGCGCAGCGCUUCGUCGACGACGCCCUCGGGCUGGCGCGCGUGCUCCUCGGCCCGGACUCGCAGCUCAUGCGCCGGGACGCCUCGCGGAGGCUCGCCUUCCGCGAGUUUGGCGCCUGUCUGGGCGUGAGGUGCGCGGCGGCGGCGGCGGCGGACCAGGUGCUUCAGGAGAGGGUGCGCGCCGUGCUGGCCUUUUGGGAGCGGCACCAGCAGGGCGAGCCCGACGACGACGACGACAACGACGACCUGCGGCCCAUUUCCAAGGUCAUGUACGCGGCGGCCCUCGUGCCCGGCGCGUUCUGCAGGGGGUACUUGGGCAACGAGACGCCUUGA